AUGAUCGACUUGAUUAGAAAUGUGAUGAAGGUCGUCUCCGCCAUGUCCCUCACCUCGACCACCAUCGCCGCCAUGCCCGGGAUAUACGGUACAGACACAUCUGGACCGGACCUGCAGCUGGCCCACCUCUACACCGUCAAAAUCAAGCCUGGGCCCCCGAUCGAAGUCGGUGCAGGACCCCGUGGCAAUCGCGUUGUAUACCCCAUCGGCGGCGGUGAGUUUGAGGGGCCUUUGAUCAAGGGUAAAGUCCUGCCCAUCGGGGGUGAUUACGCACUCUUCGACUCCAACCGCUUCAUGACCCUCGAUGUCCGACAGACGUUUCAGACCGACGACGGCGCCCUGAUUCAGGUGUUCGAGACGGGCAGGACGCAACCCGGCGCCGGCCUCGGGGCCAACAUCACGACGGCAUACGUUCAGCUCGCCUUUGAGACUGGCGCCGCCGACUACGCGUGGAUCAACCAGGCCGUUGCCGUGGGCGUGCUACAUCGGCUGCAUACCGGAAGCAUAAGCAUCGAUGUUUGGGUGCUCGCCCCGCUUAGAUCUCAGGUCCCCGACGGCAGCGACAUGUUGGCAGUGAGGGCCUACAGGCGGGCCGUGGGAGAGUCUCGGAGGUUAAACGGCGCUGGGUCUGGGGCCUGA